UUCAGUGCGAUCCAGCUGAGUGGGUGAAAAAACCAAGGGAGUGAGAGAAAGAGAGAGAACAGAGAGAGAGAGGCAGCUUGUAGAAGGCAGCAGUCAAUCACUCAGCAUAGGCAGCCAGAGAGAGAGAGAGAGAGAGAGAGAGAGAGAGAGAGAGAGAGAAGGAGAGCGAGAGAAGGGGAGAGAGUGCAAGAGAUUGGAGAAGCAGCCAGUCGUUCGUCCCUCACUCUGAGGCUCGAAGUUUAUAAGCAGCCAGGCAGAUUUUCUUGGCUCAGAUGCAGCGCUCAUGACAGGAUUAGGAGCCGGGGACACGGGACCAACCGGAGAUCUGCAGGUCCAAGUGGACAAGCCCGAGCCAGGUUCUCUGCCUGCACAGCUGUGACCGGCCUCCUGUGUCCAACACAGUGUUCCGAGGUUGACCUGAUUACCAAGAGGCCUCCUAUUCCUCUCCUCUCCUCUCCUCUCCUCUGCCGCCAUGCGUCUCCUCGCCACCCUCCUCCUGUUGCUGCUGCUGCGGUCAGCUGAGCCCCGGAGAGGCCCUCGGUCGGGGGCAGCGGCGAGGGGAGCCGGGGGCCGUGUCCGGGGCAGAGGCAGGGCCGCGGUGACGAGGCGUCAGGCGCAGGAGUGCAAGGAGUACAUGGAGGCCGGAGAGAAGUACCUGGACUGCCAGGACAGGCAGCUGACCACCGUGAUGCAGGACUGGCCCAAAGAUAUUCACCACCUGCUGCUGGCGAGAAAUAGGUUUCAGGUUUUGAGGGACAACAUGUUUUCCCAGUUCACCCAGCUGAAGAGCCUGGACCUCCAGCAGAACGACAUCUCCAUGGUGGAGGACGGAGCGUUCAGCGGCCUCUCCCAGCUCACCACGCUGCUCCUCCAGCACAACGGACUGAGAACAGCCACCGAGGAGGUCCUGCUCCCUCUGCCCCGCCUUACCUACCUCCGUCUCUAUGACAACCCCUGGGACUGCCUCUGCCCAUUGGACAGCUUCAUCAGGACCCUGCAGGUGCCCAGCAACCGCAACCUGGGCAACUAUGCCAAGUGUGCGGAGCCCGAGUCGCUGAGGGGCCAGAAGCUGAAGAUGCUGAGACUGGAGUCGCUGUGUGCGGACAGGAGGCCAGGGGUUGGAGGUGGGGGAACGAGGCCUCCGCCGAUCAAAGCGAAGCCUGAGAUCACGUUCUUGUGCCACACCUACAUGUUCCCCAGACCUCUGUUGGACUGCAGCAGCAAAGAUUUGAAUUACAUCCCAACUGACCUGCCGUCUGACAUCGUGAAGAUGGAUCUGUCCAGGAACAGCAUCAAACAUCUCAGGCCCAAACACUUCCUGCUGUCCAAGGACCUCAAGCUGCUCAACCUUAGCGGCAACGGCCUGCAACACAUAGACAAAGCUUCAUUCGCGGGCCUGCUGUACCUCCGUGAGCUUGACUUGUCCAACAACAGCCUCCAUUACUUCCAGUACGGUGUGCUGGAGGAUCUGUACUUCCUACGGAAGCUCUCGCUGGACAACAACCCCUGGAUCUGCGACUACAACAUCCACUACCUGGUCUACUGGCUCAAGCACCACCCGGGCGUCUUCCACACUGGCCUGAUCUGCUCUGAGCCACAGGAGUUCAGGGGCUGGCGCGUCGAGGAUUACGUCAAGACCUACAAUGGGGAAUGUCCCAAGGACAAGCAAAAUGGCGUGAAUGGAAUGGAUACUGGACAGGGAGGACAAGUGGGGACAGACAAUGACGCCCAAGAAGUGAUGGGGGAGACGGCUGAGGGGCAGGGUGAGAGUCUGUCUCAGCCGCUGAAAAAGAAGCCCAACAAGUUUGAGAUCAUUAGGCUGAGCUAGAGUGGUCUGGACUGGUGUGGUGCGGUAUGGAGAGAGGAUUGUUGGCAGUCUGUGGACAGACUGAAGAAUGGAUUAAUACAGGUAGAUUCAGUGAUUUGAUGUUUAAAGAAAAUGUGACAUGUAAAAGUACAAUUUUGGGAUGAAAUCCAUUAUUUGAACUUGAGAUGUCUUUUUAGAAAUCAUCAUUUUCCAUCUUGUGUGGACGGUAUAAAAAAAAA